CCUGCCGAGGGCGGCGGCCGCGCUGGCGGAGCGCUUUCCGCCGCCGUUUGUCUCCCGUCUCUUCCCGUUCGCGGGAGCUGCUGCUGCUGCGCAGCCCGUCCCCGCCCGUCCGGUCGCUCCAGUGCCGUCGCCUCCUCGUCGCAGCCUCGCACGGCGCGGCCCGGUCAACAUACAAAGCUGCAAAAUCCCAAGCUGGCAUAAUGAACAGCCAAGAGGCUGGUGUUCUCUGUUGCUGGAAAUGUAGGAAAUAUGUAGCAAAUUCUGUUUUUCUUGCAAAAUGUAAUGGGAAGAAAACAUCCAAAAUAUCACAACCUUCAGCUGCCGCUCAGAAUUUUUGCAAUGUAUGGCAUGUGAGCUUAGAAGCCAUUCCAGAGUGGGUGAAAUGUGUCGUUGAAAAGGCACAGUGGACAAUUGGAAAACUGCACUGUCCAUUCUGUGAGGCCUGCUUAGGGGGCUGUAACUUUGUUUGCAACAAAGAAUGUUCCUGUGGACAGUUAGUAAAUAUACAUUUCUUCAAAAUUUGGACUGAGAAUCCAGUUAAAUUGCCAAAAUCACCAGAGAAAAAUUUGCUUCUCAAAAUUCAGUCUGGUUUUAACAAGGAUACCUGCCAUGAAGUGGUAACUGCAACUUUGGAAAUCAUAAAUCAAGGGCUUUCUUACACAGCUGGAAGUAAUAAUAGUGCUGGAAGAUUAACAGAAGCACUUUGUCUAGAACUAACAGCUCCCAGAUAUGAGAUAGAAAGUAAAAAACUUCCCUUAAAGGCAUUAAAUAAAAAAAAAAAUCUCCUUUCUUCCUAUCCUGUAAAAGAUACAUACACAGUAAAACCUUUACACAGAAGAUCAUGUAGCUUGGAUUUAAAUAUCAGAGAAAGACUUGUUUUGUCACCUGUGUUAUAUGAAACUCGCAGCAUGGGAACACUUUACCAUGGCCAAAAUGAAAAUCCAUCUGCUUACCUACAAGGGAGCUUGCAAUUAGAGUCCAGUAGGAAAGAUGGUAGUUCUUUUCAGGAUCUGCAUAGUUCCAGGGCUGACAUACUACAAAACAAAUUUCAGGUUACUUCCAUUAUCACAUUACUACACAGAGAUACUGAAAGUGAAUGUGAUUUUGAAGUUACUGGACAGUCUUCUGGGAGUGUCAUUGCUGAUGGGUCACCAUUUGUGAUGAAUCUUUCCUCACCUACAAGGGCUGUAGAAGAUAAACAGUACAUCACAUCUCAUGGUCUUGUGCAGCCUAUGAGCAUUUCCUUCAACCGAAAGCUGAGUAAGAGAGAAAGAAACAGGUCAAAAAGCCUGAGGAGAAAACACAGAAUGAUAGAGCAAUGUCUACAGAAGCAACCUGCAAAUGAUAACCUGCAUACAAAUGAUGAGCGUGAACUCAGAGGAGAUAAAGAAAGCUAUCUCUGUGCUGUGUGCCUGGAUGUUUAUUUCAACCCUUACAUGUGUUAUCCAUGCCACCAUAUCUUUUGUGAACCUUGCUUAAGGGUGCUUGCCAAAGACAAUCCAGCCAGCACUCCAUGUCCACUGUGUCGCACUACAAUUGCCAGAGUCUUUUUCCAAACAGAUCUGAAUAACUGUACCAGAUCUUUUUUCCCUAUGGAAUAUUUGAAUCUAAAGGAAAAUUUUCAAAAAUCCAAUUCUGCUAAAUGGCCUCUACCAAACUGCAAGAAAGCAUUCAAAGUUUCUGAAGCAGGUUUUCGAAGGCACUCAACUACUGUAACAAGGAGGCAUUUCCCACAUGCUGCUCACAGGAUGGAUUAUAUGGACUUCGAGGAUGAUAGCUGUGGAUGGCGGUUUGAUAUGGACAUGGUGAUCAUCUACAUUUAUUCACUCAACUGGAUAAUAGGAUUUAUUGUUUUCUGUUUCCUUUGUUAUUUCUUUUUCCCUCUUUAGGCUGUAGAAGUAACAGUUAAGGAAAAUGACAGCCAUGUGAACAAAAAAAUUGUGAAUAGAAAAAUAUUGGAAAAAGGUAAAAUGUUGGAUACUGCAUUUUUAUCAUUCAGAAUUGGAAUAGACUUCAUCAAGCAUGCUGUGAAGCUGUUCAAUACUUCUGCUAUAUGUGACAAAGUACUUGAGUUUGGUUACUGAUGUAAUGUGAAAUCCACAUCAUAGUUCAUUCAGUGUGAGUUUUGCCUUUGGGAGAUUUUGAUGGGAAAAGAACUUACCCCUAAUUUGUAAAA